UAAUGGCGGGGGUACUGGACGCGAGUAAAUAUCGUUCCGCGUUUCGCGCGUGUUCUUCCUCACUCGAAAGUGAAUUCCGAAUGCAACUGUCGUGAGUAUCGAAUUCAACGACCAACAAUCGCUGUAGAGCGUUAGUUAACGCGCAUAUAUGGUCGCAAUGACCAGAUUUUCGAUAUUUGUAAAAUUAGUCGCGUUUCCUAUUGGAUGACUCAUCGAAAACCUAAUGCUGGUGCGAAGGUGCUUCCAUCUUUUGAUCUACGUCAUAAUUUAUAAGUUAGUUGUCUGACAAAUUUUAAACUUGACUCGCGCGACCUUUUCAUGAGUCGCACUUCACAGCAGUGUCUAAGCAGUUCACUAGAUAAUGGCGACGGUAUUAGACGCGAAUGAAUAUCGGUCCGCGUUUCGCGCGUAGUUUAUCUCACUCGAAGUAAUAUCCGAGUGCGACAAAUGUCAUGAGUGUCGAAUCCAGCGAUGGGCAAUCGUUGUAGAGUGUUAAUUAACGCGUAACGUCACUAUAACUUUGCGUUUCGACGUUCGUAAAAUUCGUUGGGUUUGUUCCAUUAUGUCGGACAUGACGCGCCAAAUCUGGAGCAUCGGUAUGAAGUUACUCCUGUCUUUUUCGAACUUUUUAAUCGUAUUUCGAAAGUGUCGUGAGUGUUGAAUGAAGUAACAGGCGGUUAACGUAUCUCGGGAGUGUCGAACAAAGUUGUAGACGAUCGUCGUGUCUCGCAUUAUUUAUGCGGUCGAGAGUACAUCUCAUGUGUAAUCGCGCAUCGGGAGUGUCGUAUUUCGCAUUAAUAGUGCAUCGCGCUUGUAAAACUCGCUUGUGUCGGACUGACUGGACAUAAGUGAUCGUAAGUGAUAAUUAGUGCUACAUAAGUGUUGUUUGAAGCAACAUCGGAAUCAAUGAAUUGCAACGGUGGAACCAAUGGUUUGCAAUGGCGGAACCGACAAAGGAUAUUAGCUGCAACAAGCAAUCGAUGCCGCGUGAUCAUCUUCGAGCUUCCUCGUCGGGAAUGGAAAUCGAAGGCAGCAGGCCGACGAGACGGAGGCGGCGCACAUCGAGGACUUAAGAGGACUCGAGUGGCCGCGGGCAAGCAGAGGUCAGUUUCGGAGACCGAAGUCUCGACAACGAGGGAGAACGGGAUGAGAAACGAGGAAAGAAGAAUGCGAAUUCAGACCGCUCUCCUGCUAAGGUCCGAGGGGAUCAUCCGUUCAUCGUGCGUCACUCAUGUUUACGCAGUGUGAACGCGCCAAGCGGGAAACCGCGCAGGAAGGAUGUAUCCCAGCGCCGGAAUCAACGCAGCCGCCGUGGCCGCCGCUGCCGCCAGGCAUCCGGGACCACCGCAGCCUGGGCAGCCGUUCAAAUUUUCGGUCGGCGACUCCUGCGAUCGUAUCAAAGAGGAAUUCAAUUUCUUGCAAGCCCAAUACCACAGCCUUAAAUUGGAGUGCGAGAAACUGGCCAGUGAAAAAAUAGAGAUACAGAGGCAUUACGUGAUGUAUUACGAGAUGUCGUAUGGACUCAACGUGGAGAUGCACAAACAGACGGAGAUAGCGAAGAGGUUGAACGCUAUCAUUGCACAGAUCCUGCCGUUUCUCUCACAGGAGCAUCAGCAGCAAGUCGCCACGGCGGUCGACAGAGCCAAACAAGUGACCAUGACCGAGCUCAACGCUAUCAUCGGGCAACAAAGGCCGGACUUGCCACGACUGUUGCAGCAGAUGCACGCCCAGCAAUUGCCACCAGGCGCGGCGAUGGGACCGCAUCCGGGCAUACCUGGAUUGCCCGGACUGCCAGGCGCGGGUAUACCGGUCCCCACUUCAGCGUCCGCCGCGCUUCUCGGCUUGGGCCUUCCUCCGGGAGCGGCUGCCACCCCCGGAGGCACCAGCGCACAUCCGUUGUCGAUGCUGACGAAACCGGAUCUUCAUCGCGGUCAGCCUGACGAUCUGAAACCUAACGGAGGUCUGAAUCCAGCCGAGGAGAGGCAUAGGAACUCGAUAUCGCCGGCGGAACGAGAAAAGUACAGGCCGCGCAGCACACCCGAUCCUCAGCACGAUCAUUUGCACAUGAGUAAGAAGAUGAAGAAGGAGCACGACAAGGACAUAGGCCAUCAAAGCGAUGGUGAAAAGAGCGACCAGGACCUGGUGGUCGACGAUGCGAGCGAGGGCCCGACGAGCCCGGCGGCGAACGGCACGGCGUCACCGCGGGAAAACGGUCUCGAUAAGCUGGGCCCGUCCUCGGUGCCUCUGAGCGGCCAGGUGAAGAAAGAAGUGCCACCGCCGUCGCCUAGAAGCGGCACCAGCAGCAACGCCAGCACUCCUUCCGCCAAGAAGAUGGAAGAACGCGAAAAACCGACUACGCCGAUCUCGAAACCGGUCACACCUACGUCUGCAGGUGGCAGCAGUUCUGGCUCCGGUGGUCUGAAACCGUCUAGUUCCAGCAAACCGUUGGUUUCAGCCUCGGUAGUCGGACCUUAUCCGCCGCAUUAUCCGCCACCGCAUCAUCCGUCCGCGGGACCGCCUCACGUGGAUAUGCUGGGCUAUCCUCCGGCUGCGCUCAACGGGUAUCCCGCGAGACCACCUCUUCAACAGCUUUACGAUCCUCAUGCGAGCAUGAGAGCGCCACUCGGACCGCUAGGUGUUCCCGGUGGCAAGCCCAGUGCGUACAGUUUUCACGUGUCUAGUGAAGGGCAGAUGCAGCCGGUGCCGUUCCCACAGGACGCUCUUAUCGGCCCCGGCAUACCGCGUCACGCACGUCAAAUAAACACACUCACACACGGCGAAGUGGUCUGCGCCGUGACAAUUUCGAAUCCCACUAAAUACGUUUACACCGGCGGCAAGGGCUGCGUCAAGGUGUGGGACAUCAGCCAGGGUGGUAGCGGCAGCGCGAAACCCGUCUCCCAGCUCGAUUGCCUGCAACGGGACAACUACAUCAGGUCGGUGAAGCUGUUGCCUGAUGGCAGAACUCUCAUCGUGGGCGGCGAGGCGAGUAACCUCAGCAUCUGGGAUCUGGCGAGCCCGACGCCGAGGAUCAAGGCCGAAUUGACUUCCUCGGCACCGGCGUGUUACGCCUUGGCGAUAUCUCCAGACUCGAAAGUGUGCUUCAGCUGCUGCAGCGACGGCAACAUCGCCGUAUGGGAUCUGCAGAAUCAGACGUUGGUUAGGCAAUUUCAAGGUCACACAGACGGCGCCUCGUGUAUCGAUAUCUCCGCCGACGGUUCCAAGUUGUGGACAGGCGGUCUCGACAAUACAGUGCGCUCCUGGGAUCUUCGGGAAGGCAGGCAGCUCCAGCAGCACGACUUUACGUCUCAAAUAUUCUCCCUGGGAUAUUGUCCCACCGGUGAAUGGUUGGCCGUGGGUAUGGAGAAUUCGAACGUCGAGGUACUACACGCGACGAAACCCGACAAGUAUCAGUUACAUCUGCACGAGUCUUGCGUGCUGUCGUUACGCUUCGCUUCGUGCGGCAAGUGGUUCGUCUCUACCGGCAAGGACAAUUUACUUAAUGCGUGGCGCACGCCGUACGGUGCUUCGAUAUUCCAGUCGAAGGAGUCAUCCUCGGUGCUUAGUUGCGAUAUUUCCACCGAUGACAAGUACAUUGUGACAGGAUCCGGCGACAAGAAAGCCACCGUGUACGAAGUGAUAUAUUGAGCCGCUCGUUGAUGCACACUCCGAUGCUCUUAUGCAACAUCGAUUAUGACACUCGGUGUGAUUGACUUAUGACGGAGGAAUUGAAGAACGAAAAUUAAUUUCUUUCAAGUGUGACCUGUAUUUCGAGAAACUAUAUAUAGUUUGACGAAAUUGGACAAGAAUCGAUGUACUGUGGUCGUUAUAUUCGACAAAACCCAAUUUAAAUUCCACGUUUUUGUAACGCUAGAAUACAACAGGGGCUGAUGUCUAAAUUACGGAGAUAUAAAUAUAUAAAAAUUACAGCAUUUAGCUGCUAAGAUUGUAUAGAGUCUAUAAGUAGAACGAAGUGAAUGAAUUACGUGAAACAAAUGCGUGUGUGUAUCCUCCGACCGUAUUUAACGUGGGAGGCGCGAUGUAAAGUCGCUUGUGUAAUAUGUUACUGAUGUAAAAUAGAAUCUUUACAAUUAGGUCUUUUUUGCAUGCGAUUGCGAGAAGGACGAAGAGAGAGCGAGAGAGAGAGAGAGAGAUCGAGCGCAUUUUAACGGGUGAGACUGUUCUCGCGCGAUAAUGUCACGACAAAACGAAUGCUGCGUCGAAAUACCUGAGUACAUACGGAACGCUGAUCUAGUGUUGUAGAUUUGUCAAAGUAGGGAUGUAUGUUGUGUCGCAGAAUUAUACAUAAUAUAUUGAGCACAUAUGUAGACAGAAUGUUUACGUCAUGUAGCGGAGAAAACUAUAGGGCUAUGAAAAACCGAUUCAUAAUCGAUCACGCUAAUAGUGUUGAACGUACGCGACGUUGCUUAUGUUCAGCAUUGGAGCUAAACAAUGUGAUCUUUGACAUUUCUACCACCGACAAAAGGAAUAAUUUGUACUUACUUACACUUUCAGUUUUAAAUACGAUUCUUUCGUAGUUAUAUGGCACUGUUGCGUCUGCCGUUAAGACUUUAUUGUAAUUGAGAUUUUAUAAACGUGACGGAAGGGAGAUGGUGAUAAAACAAAACAAAAGAAAAAAAAAAAAAGAAACCGGCGAAAGAUACUUUUCAAUCUUUUGCAGUAAUUACGCGCAGUUAAAAAAUUGGCUUUCAUACGCCUAUUACGAGCGGUAUCGAACACAAAUAGAAACUCUAUAAGUUGCGCCGAGCGCGCACGGAUUCUUAAUACAAUGUACAUUGCGAGUUUUGACUGCCAUAAUAGGCAUAUACAUACUACGCACACGCAUAUGAGUAAAACACACCCCCCCCACACACACACAUACACACACAGAUACGGACAAAUACACACACGAGCGAGCGGACCACGUUCGUGGGCGGAUUUUGCAGAAAAUAUUCGAUAAAGUAUUUUUGUGACUAUUCAUCGUGACCCUAGGCUUAACCAUCGAGCGAUCCGGUCGAGCGCGAUCGACCACGCGCGCGUCUGCAUCGGCGACAGCAGCGACGAGACAUUAUAAAACGAGACAAAAAUACUUGAACUUUUACAUUACUCUUCGGCGCAAUUACAAAGCCGGAGGUGCAUCUGGACUUAGGGUACUAGCUAGCGCAUUAUUAUUCGGAAAAUAUCGUAUGGUGAAAGCGGGUGAUGCGUAAUGGAGAUUUAUAUUUUGUUACAGGAAGUCACACAUACGUUGAUACCGCUGUGAUCGUCCGAAAUUCAAUGCCACAAACAAUACUGCCGCGAUAAAAUAUAAUAAACAAAUAAGAGCUUUGCAACGUAUAUUGACACGGUGAUGUUCAUGAAUUUGCAACACGCAGAGACCGACGAACCGGUAAACAGAUUCGAUUUUGGACGAGCACAGCUCCGAUCAUAUAGACCAAUAGAAACAACGAUACCUCAAGAAGACUCAGUAGUUAAUUAUCUCUAACUCAUCAACUUGUACAGAAUCGAUAUUCUUUUACAGUUGAAUAACCACACGCACCAUGGGAAAAAAAAGCAUUACGCGAGAGAAAAGAUCGCUUAACCGCGACAAUGAUUGUACCCCUCCCCUUUUUCUGCCCCACCCUCCCCCGUACUGUAUAUGUUGAAUUGUGUCUCCGUGCCCGCAUUUUGCACUCCGCGAAAGCGUACGAAAGCCGCCGUGGAAGAGAAUAUACGUUCGUAAUAAACGGAAGACAGACAGCGUUAAUCUUUUUCCAAGCACUGUUCAAGUUGUUCCUAUAGCUACGCGAAGAUUGUUUCUUUUUCGGCAAUUAAAUCCUCUAUAUCUAUA